CGUUGCCAUGGCAGCGAGGGCUCCGCUUCCGCCCCCGUCGCGGCGGUGCCGGUGCCGGCCAUGGAGGCCGCACCGGUGCCCGACGGGCAGCACACGGCCGUGGUGUACGGGCUGAUCGGAGGCGGGCGCUACGCGGAGGCGGUGUCGCUGCUGAGCCGCGGGCUGCAGAAGAGCAGCCGCUCCCGUGGCUGCCUCUCACUGCUGGGCUACUGCCACUACCAGCUGCAGGAGUUCGCGGCGGCGGCCGAGUGCUACGAGCAGCUGUCGGCGCUGCACCCGCAGCUGGCCCCGUACCGGCUGUGCCACGCGCAGGCCCUCUACAAGGCCGGGCUGUUUGCCGAGGCCCUGCGCGCCGCCAGCCCGCUGCUGGACGUGCCCGCCUUCCAGCGCCGGGCCCUGCGGCUCCAGGCCGCUGUGCACUAUGCCCAGGGCGACCUCCCGGCGGCACAGAGCCUGGUGGAGGAGGAGCUGGCCGCCGCCGCUGAUGGCGGCCCCGGCGCAGCCGAGGAGCCCUCGGAGCGGGCCGAUGCCGAGGUGAACCUGGGCUGCCUGCUGUACCGGCAGGGCCGGCACGAGGAGGCCAGCGGCAAGUUCGGCAGCGCCAUGCAGGUGCUGGGGUACUGCCCGGAGCUGUCCUACAACAUGGCGCUGUGCUCCUACGCCGCCAAGCAGUACCCGGCCGCCCUCAAGUACAUCUCCGACAUCAUCAAGCACGGCAUCCACCAGCACCCCGAGCUCAGCGUGGGCAUGACCACCGAGGGCAUCGACGUCCGCAGCGUGGGCAACACGCUGCUCCUGCACCGCACGGCCCUGGUGGAGGCCUUCAACCUCAAGGCAGCCAUCGAGUACCAGCUGCGCAACCUGCGGGCGGCCCAGGAGGCACUCACUGACAUGCCCCCGAGGGCCGAGGAGGAGCUGGAUCCUGUCACGCUGCACAACCAAGCACUGAUGAACAUGGACAGCCAGCCCACUGAAGGGUUUGGGAAGCUGCAGUUUCUCCUCCUGCAGAACCCCUGUCCGCCAGAAACUUUUGGUAACUUGCUACUCCUCUAUUGCAAGCAUCAGUACUACGAUCUGGCAGCUGAUGUGCUGGCGGAGAAUACCCAUCUGACUUACAAACUGCUCACACCUUACUUGUACAACUUCUUGGAUGCCAUUAUCACUUGUCAAACUGCCCCUGAGGAGGCUUUCCACAAGUUAGAUGAUUUAGCAGGGACAAUGACUGAGCAGCUGAGAAAACUCACGAAGCAGGUACAGGAAGCUAGGCAAAACUGGGAUGAUGAAGCUCUUAAAAAGGCAGUUAAUGAGUAUGAUGAGACUCUGGAUAAAUAUGUACCUGUCUUGAUGGCCCAAGCAAAGAUUUACUGGGACAUGAAGAACUACACAAUGGUAGAAAAGAUCUUCCGCAAAUCAGUGGAGUUCUGCAAGGAACACGAGGUGUGGAAGCUCAACGUGGCUCAUGUGCUCUUCAUGCAAGAGAACAAGUACAAAGAGGCUAUCAGCUUCUAUGAGCCAAUAGUUAAGAAGCACUAUGACAACAUCCUCAAUGUCAGUGCCAUUGUGUUAGCCAACCUCUGUGUUUCCUACAUCCUGACAAGCCAGAAUGAAGAUGCAGAGGAACUAAUGAGGAAGAUUGAGAAAGCAGAAGAGCAGCUGUCCUAUGACAAUCCUGAUAAAAACACCUACCAUCUUUGCAUUGUCAAUCUGGUCAUUGGUACCCUCUACUGUGUGAAGGGAAACUAUGACUUUGGUAUUUCAAGGAUCAUUAAAAGUCUGGAGCCGUAUAACAAAAAGCUGAGCACUGACACAUGGUACUACGCCAAGCGGUGUUUCCUGUCCCUGCUGGAGAACAUGUCCAAGCACAUGAUCAUGCUGCGUGACAGCGUCAUCCAGGAGUGUGUUCAGUUCCUGAAGCAGUGCGAGCUGUAUGGGAGAAACAUCCCAGCUGUCAUUGAGCACCCCCUGGAAGAGAGUAGGAUGCACAGUGGGAAAAACACAGUCACCUACGAAGCCCGGCUUUUGAGGGCUCUGAUGUAUAAGAUCAUUGGGUGGGCUGAGUAAAUGGUGUUAACUGGACAGCAGAAAUGAGAACUUGUGAGGUGAUACUCACGCUUGCAAAAAUCUUUAAAGAUUUUGUGCUGUAUUUUAGCAGCAUUCAGUGGAAAAUAGAAUAUUUUCAUUAAAUUAACCUGCAUCAAAUAAUUAGGGGCAUUCUCAGUAACCUGUCACGUUAAAUGCAGUUUAGGAUGUGUCGACCAAGAAUGUCAUUAUAGAAAUAUCAUAGAGUUUUCACCUGUAAGACAGUAUUUUAUCCUUCUGAAAUUUUGACCAAGUUUCUUUUCAUUGGUUGAUGGUUAAAAAAAAAAGUGUUGUCUGUCUCUUCUAGCACAGAGUUUGAAGAAACAGUUGUUUUCAUUCUGUAAUUUGUGUCUAUGUGUGAAAUGUUUCUUUAUUCUACUUUUGCAAGGUAUUUUUAAUAUUUUGCAGACCACGUUGAUUGUAUAUUUGAACACAAGACAUGGCUUUAUAUUAAAAAAUCAGUUCUACAAACAUGAA